GCAAAGAUUUAAGGAUUAGUGAUUCUUAAAGUAUGAUUAAGUUUUGGUACCAUUUCUUGGGUGUUUUUACUAAGAAAAUAUAAGGAAAGUGCAAGAAUUUGGAAAUUCCUUGACAGAUUUCGAAAGGGUUAGUAGCCGUACAUAAAGUUUAAAAAACUUUUCCUUCAAAGAACCAAAUUUUCUUGAGAUAAAGCUUCAGUGCUGAUAAUUAUUAGUAAUAAUCACUUUUUGGAAUUUAGUUUCAGUUUUAACAAGUUUUUUAAUUACAUAUUUUAUCUAAGUAACCCUCUUUCAAAAAUCGUUACCAACAUAUUUACUUUAUAAAAUUUUCAAUAUAACAGGGCAUAGAAUCUAACUAACUCAGCAGAUUAUUUUUUAGGUUCUUAGUAAAAAUAUUUAAGGUUUCUUUUAUCAAUUGAUUGUCAAAGAAAAAAUGAAAAUCUACACUUGUCAAAACAGUUUUACUAUAAACAAUCAACAUUCAAAUAAUUCCCUCAAACUCUAAAUUUCUGUGUAGUCAACAAUUUUUGCUUUUCGGUCCGAACAAUGACAACCAGCCCAAGCUUUGCUGAAGUGGAUGUUGGCGAGCUGCCGAAACUGGAGGCCAUCAUCAGGGCCCUGAAAUGCGAGCAGACUGGUCACAUUAUGGAGGCGAUACUGCUCUAUGAGGAGAGCAUCUUCAAGUUGUCCCAAAUGGCUGAGGCGGAGCCUAGCCAUCGCCAGCUAUGUGGGAAGUACUUGAAGAUGUACGAGGCGCGGGCCAAACAGCUGAGGGAUCAGGUCAAGGGUCACUUGCAGAGCAGCCGAAUGCUGGAUCACAUCAUCAUCGAGCAGGGUGCCAGGGGCAGGAGCUACCAGCGAUUGUUUGGCCCGUAUUUGGACGACGGCGUCCGUGAAGCCCAUCUCAACGAGCCUCAUCUCACGGAGCCGUCUCACUUUAGAAAUCUGCUUAACUUUCUGGAGGUGCUGGUCAAGAACUGUCGAUAUCUAAAGUACAUUCGCUUGACCACUCGACCAGAUCCGCUGGCACCAAAAAAUCAAUUACAGAUGCUACAGCAGAUGAAGAACGACCUGGCCGUUGGCAAUAUCCAGAUGAACUUCCAAAUGGACAACAGCCUGCAUGAUCGCAAAAUUGUGCUCAGCUCGGGAGUGGUCAUCAAGAUUGGCAGAGGUCUCCACUACUUUGAGCCAAUGGAGAGCUCUUACACCCUUGGUCUAUGCGAUUUUGAUUUUCGCAAAUGCCUGGCCACCGAGGUAGACAUCUGGAAGUGUCGAGCUUUUGCUAAGCGGCUCAAGGAACCGCAGGACGGCGAGUAUCAAGCCUCGAAGGAGGAUCGUCCGCAGGCACAUGGCUACUCCAGCGAUUAGCAAGAGUGAGAGUGAGAUUUGGUCGUCGGUUGGAAUUAGGUCAGCCGCCUUAUCACAGCAGUACACGGAAUUAAUAAAAGCAGCAGGUUGUUAA